AUGGAGAGAAAAAGUGGAAAAAGUAAAUAUAUGCAUUUUUUGCCUAUAAUUAAUUCACAAAGAAAAUUAAAUAUAUUAGAAAAAAACAAUGUUUUAGAAAAAAUUCAUAUAUUACCAAUAAAAAAAAAAAGUUCAAAUUAUCAUGAAUUGUACAAUAAAUUGAAUAAAUUAAUAAAUGAAAAAAGUAUAUUGUACGAAGGAAUUGUUAUUAGCUUAAAAGAUGGUUCUGAACAUUCCGACUUGAAACUAAGCAAAAUUCCUCAUAUAAAUGAAAAAGAAGAAAGCAUAAAAAUAAAAAAUAAAAUAAAUAAUGAUGAUGUUUUUGGAAUCGAUAAAAUUUCAACAGAUGAAAGUUCUUCUGAUGAAAAUCAGACAUGUGAUGUAGACCUUCCUUUAAAUGAUAAUAAUAAUGAUAAUAACGAUAAUAAUGAUGAUAAUGAUGAUAAUGAUAAUAAUGAUGAUAAUGAUAAUAAUGAUGAGAAUGAAAAAAUGUCAGAAUUAAUUGUUAAUAAUGUCGAUUAUGUUAUUAUUAAUUGCAUACCAUCAAAAGGUGUACUUAAUCAUGAUACCUUAAUUUAUACUGAUGGAAAAUAUGUUGAUUAUUUAAAAAAAAUAGAAAUAAUAAUAAUAAAUGAUAAACAUUAUAAAAAAUAUGAGAAAAAUAUUAAAAGGAAAUUUAUUUCUUUUAAAAAAAUGCUACUUAAAAAGAGUAAUGAUUUUUUUAAUGGGGCCAUGUCUUUAUUCCCAUUAUAUUUUAAUUUUAUUCCUGAAUUGUGCAUGUCAAAAAAUAGAAAUAAAGUUUCAAAAAAUGAACAGUGCUCGAUAGAAAGGAUACCCAAUCUUGGCACUUGUGAUGAAUGCGAUACAAAUAAAACAAACAAAACGAAUAGAACAAACCAAAUUAAUAAUAUUAUAACACAAAAAUUUUUGACGACCCAUUUAAUUCCCUAUUUCAAAAACAACAGAAAUAAAUUAUUUUAUCCUGGAAAAUUAUUUAAUGUAAAUAAUUUUUCUUUUCUAGUUUCUAAAAUAGAUGUCGACAUAAGUGCUGGUUUUAUUGAUGAUUUAACUGAAAUAAACCUUAGGUUUGAUAGUUAUGAAGAAUAUACCCAUGUACAUAUUGUUCCUCUUUAUGAUACCUUACCAACAACAUAUAACUAUAAUUUGUUUAUAGAUUAUAUAAAGCCAUAUAUAGAGAGACAUUAUUUAAACACGUUUUCUAUAUAUGAUACAUUUUUUUAUAGAGGUGUACAAUUCAAAAUUAUGGGGGUAGAACCAAUUAAUAUGAAAUGUGGAAAAGGAAGAAUAAGUGCUAAUACAUCAAUUUAUAUUCAAGGUUCAGUUAAACCAACAUUUUUUGAUGUAAUCUCAAAUAAAUCAUUUAAUUAUAUAAAAUCGUUACCAUUUGAAUAUAAGCCUUAUGCAAUAUUAAAUAUUUUACAGCACCUCGACACUGAUUCAUUAUUAAGAUUAUUUCCGUCUGCAAAUAUAAAUAUGGAAUCUUCUACAAAAAAUGAACAAACUAUAUUACAUAGUUUAGCUCCUCUUAUGUAUAUAUAUAAUAAAGAAAACAUUUCUUACGCUUCAAAUCGGGGCGAUUCAAGCAGAAGCGAUUCAAGUAGAAUCGAUUCAAACGGGGGCAAUUCAAGCAGAAGCGAUUCAAACGGGGGCAAUUCAAAAGAUGUUAUAAUUGAACAGAGCAACGGACAUAGUGAACUUAAUAACAACAUAAUAAAUGAACAAUGUGUAGUUUGUUUUGAGCAUUUCAUAAAUGAUGAUAAAUGUAUUAAAUUAACAUGUCUCCAUACAUAUCAUUGGAAAUGUGUACAGAAUUGGUUCAGGUUUAAUUUGACAUGCCCUUGUUGUCGCCAUAAAUUGAACAUUUAA